AUGGCCACCAACACUGAACAGCUUGCCAGGCGGGCGCAGUCGAUGGAGAGGGACCUCUCCAGGCUCGCGGACAGCGGCGUCUCUGCCGUGGAUCUCGCUGCUCCUCUCCAGGAGUAUCGCCUCGCUUGCGAGAACGUCAUCUUUGCCGACUUCGAAGGCGCCUCUGCCAGAGGCAUUGAGAAGCAGCUAUGGAACGUCCACCUGAAGGUCAAUGGUGCUUUCAGGAAGGAGCUGAAGCUUGUAAAGAGGAAUAACAGGGACCAUGUCGUCGAGUACCGGAAACUCGCCAAGCACUACUUGCAAUUCAUCAAGGCCAGCCAGCGAUUCUACCGACAGUACAUCUUGAAUUUGGAUGCGCAGUUUGACCGGCUUCCUGAGUUGCGGAAAAUCGCGCAGAAAUGGAAGGAUGAUGUCUCCAAAACAGCUCUUCGAGCGCGCAUCCCCGCCUCGUCAAAACCCCAGGUCCUGUUGUCUUGCCACCAGACCCUUAUCCAGCUUGGCGACCUCUCCCGAUACCGCGAAACCGAACUCGUUGAAAAGGAGCGCAAUUGGGGGCCAGCGACAGGAUACUAUGGGCUGGCCUGGGAGAUCAAUCCCGACUCGGGCCAAUCUCACAACCAGUUGGCCGUUAUUGCGCGUGAAGACGGAAACCACUUUCGUUCGACCUAUCAUCUCUAUCGAUCUCUCGCCAGCAAAGAGCCGCACCCGCUCGCCAGGCAGAAUCUUGAGCUCGGGUUCAAGAAGAUUGUGACUGCUUGGUCUAGGGGCGAAUUGAUCAGCAACCGCACGUCUCCGGAUGGAAAUACUGCGGGACGGGCUCUUGUCGCUUGGUUUAUUAGGCUGCACAGCAAGUGCUACAGCGGUAAAGAAUUUGCCCAGCACGACGAAUUGGAAAAUGAGGUCCUGUCUCAGUUGACCAUUGAGCUCAAGGAGCGUUCAUUGGAUUCGAUACUAUCCAAGAUUAUUCUCAUAAAUCUGGCUGCUGAAUAUUACGCAACUGUCCAAAUGGCUGAAUCCCCCCCGCCAGAAAACAUUAUGCAAACAUAUUUCUACUACCUUCGGUUGAACGUGAAGACAUUCUUCACUCUUCUUCAAAUCCUGCAGUCCGAACUGGAACGUCUUUCCGAGGGCGACGAUGUCAAGGAUCAGAAUGGCACGCGCGCAUCACAUCUGUCCGAUAAGAUAACGGCCGUUGCCAGGCGCAUACUUCCGGGGCUCCGACUCUACAGCACCUGGUUUACCCGGUAUCACCACAUCCUAUCUGCGAAUGUCGCUGACACUUUGACGACGGUUGAGGUUCAAGAGCUUUGGAAAGCGUAUGCUGCAACGUUGACCCUCCUUGCCUCAAGUUUUCCUCCAGAACAGCUCCCAAACCAGGAUUACAUGCUCGAAGAGGAUACCGAUACCAUUGGUUUCCAACCUCUGAUAUCCGAAGAAACCAUUAAGCGCUGGUACAAUGGCAACAUCCUGAAGCAGAAGUGGACCGAUUUGGAGCGAAACCAUCCCAACGUUGAGAUGCUUAUGCGAGUCCGGGAUUUGAUGGUAGAUGGCCUACUUUUAAUCAAAAAUCACCCCGAGGCUCCUUUGGAGAUUGACAACAUGCGAUUCAUCUAUCGAGAGGCUGGACUUCCAUCUGAACUGCUCGCAAGUCCAAAUAACCGCCUUGAUGGUUCUCCAGCGAUACCUGCAGCUGAACCCGUCGACUUUCCGUUGUUCCCACAGGAAGAGUUGAUUGCUGAUGAUCAGAAAUCGUAUAGCGUUGCUGCAGCUUCCGAAUCCGCUUCUACUACACUAGCAAAAGAUCCGGCUAUGAAUCGAAUGGUGGAUGACUUGGUUGGUCCUGAUGAUGGUUUGGAUCCUCUUCCCGAAGAGGACGAGAACAUCCCCCCAACUCCACCAGAGCAGACAUUCGAGGAUACGACGAUGGUUACGGAUACCUCGUAUGGAAUUGGUCCGCUGACGGUUAGCGACUUCGUUAAUGCUGUUCAAAACUACAGCAAGCCCUUAGGAUCUCCUGCAACUCCAAUAUUUGCCACGCCUAUGGGUAGGGCUCCCUCGUCCUCGUCCAUUCGUCAGCCCGCGAAUUUACCUUCUCUCCCAGAUGGUCAGUCAAAUGGGAAUUCGAUUUGGAACCGCAACUACAAUGGCACACCAGGCCCCAGCUCUCCUCUGAUUGGUGGCGGGAGUGGGGUUCGGGGCUCGCCUUUGAGCGGAAUGCAUGCAUCUGUGGCCUCUGGGCAUGUUCGCGGAGAUUCGUCCAACUCCCUUCGAAGUUCCGAUUGGACCUCGACGCCUGUCCAGCGACCAGUCUCUGGCGGCUUGGGCAGUGGUGCUGCUUGGGGAAGCUCAAGUGCAUCUGUUUACAAUUCCAUCUAUGGAAACAGCUGGAACCGUGCCGUGAACUCCACGGACUUGAACAUUUUGAGUCCGUUCCUGUUCGAAAAGGACAGCGCGUGGAACCCCGACAUUGACGGUCGCACACCACCGCCUGGUCAAGGUGGUUGA